AUGGAGGCUGAACGGGAUUUCAGCAGCGUUGCCACUGACGCCUCCAAUCUUUUGCAAUAUAGCAUCAUCCAUUCAUCGCCGUUUACGUUCCUCGUCGGCGCCAAUCACACCCAGCUGACCGUCCAGUCCGGUCUUGCCCGCCAUGUAUCCAAACCAUUAGAUCAUUUGAUGAGUAGCGGCCAGACGCGUGAAUCCAAGCAUCAUAUCGCUGUUCUUGAGGAAGAAGAUGUCGAGACCUUUGUGGCAUUCUGCGAAUAUGCAUACACCGGCGACUACCGUGUACCUCCCCCAGGAUCUCGCGAGGAGGAGCAGGAGCAAAAGCCGGUCAACAACCCCUUCAAGGGUGUGUUCUCUGAAGAACCCAUUGCGCUCUCUCUGCCGCCAGCUAAAAAGCACCAUAAAGAGUCCCGAGGCCCGGAACAUGGACGACCGAGUAACGAGGGCCUACAUCACGGCGAGGGUGCGCCUCACGCAGCUUAUCCCCAUGAAAAAUUCGGGGGCAACACCACGUCCCCCGAAGAUUACUCGACAGCACCCCCGGAUCUAGAUCCAACAAUUUCUCCAGAAGAAGCAGCGGAGCAGCAACCUACCACCCCGGCUGCAGAGGAGGGGGACCCGUGGGACUCCAAUGCAGGCGCAUCUGCGACAAAAGGCAAAAAGGGCAAGAAAGGCAAGAAAGACAAGAAGAAGCAGAAUGGUCCCUCGACGGAGGAGCCAACUACUGGCCUGACCCCGCCGUCUACCCCUCCUCCAGAGCACCCUGACAUCGGACAGGACCCUCAUGCAGCAGAGACCGCUGAAGAACAAGAUGGAUGGGGUCUGGAGUCCGCGGAUCCCCGUGACACCGCGGAUCCCGCCGACAAUGCUCCGUCCGGGAUGACUGAGAGCUGGGAGCAUACUGCCCCGACUCCACCGGAGGAGGAGCAAGACAAGAUGGACAGGAAACAGGAGUCGAAGCGGGAUUACGAACAGGGGGCCGAGACGGGGCCCAUGAUCGACAACUCCUUCGCCAAACAGCACUUCUCUAGCCACCACGAGAAAGGCAUUAGCCUGUGGGACGAGUUUACCGCCAUGGACUAUAUCGACCCGCGCGCAUUCGAGGGCACUAGACCUCCCAGUGCCCUCUCCACUCAGUCGAGCCGAUCAGGGUUGCCGUAUCUCAUCUUUCACGCCAAGCUGUACGUCUUUGCGACGCGCUAUUUGAUUCCAGCACUGGCCCAAUUAUGCCUGCGCAAGCUGCAUAGGGACCUUCUACUUUUGGCUUUCCCCGACGGUGCCCAGACCGACAGUCAAGAUGAUGAACAAACCACCCUGAAGGCCCGAAUGGUCCUCGACCUGCUCCACUACACCUAUACCAAGACCACUCGUCUCGAGCCCAUCUCGCCCACGUCGGCCACUCAGCUUCGAGACAACGAACUACGCAAGCUAGUGAUUCAUUAUGCGGCGUGCAAGGUGCGGGACCUCGCCAGAUAUUGUCCGCCAAUCGAGCCGACGGGAGGUUCUCCUUCGAACCCGCCAGAGAAGCCGUCGGCGCGCGGGUUGCGAGCGUUGAUGGACACGACCUCAGAGCUGGCCUCCGAUUUGGUCUACCGAAUGAUGUGAAACGAUUUCCUUUCCUCUCUUUUGUCAUUUUUUAUUUUCUAUUUUGUUUUCAUCUUCGUUCCUCUCUCUCUCUCUUGCGUUCUCCGUCUUACUCUUCCCCUGAUCCUUCCCCCUCCCCUCUCGUCUAUCUCCCCCUGCCUUUAAUCGAUCGAAUUUCUCCCGUCUCUCCAACCCUCCUGUAUAUCUCUAAGAACAUACACGGCCAUCGAUAUCUAGCAACACGGCGCGUGUGGAUACAUGACUGGGACCACGGAACACAUGAUAGGGUCGG